CCCCAAAGGCCAUACUGAGGAUAAUGAAUGUAAAAGGACUUACACUCUACCAUUUGAAGAGUCAUCUUCAGAAAUACAGAAUGGGGAAGCAAUUAUCAAAAGACCUUGAAAGCCCUAAUGAUGGACUUGCAGUCUCUGCUGUUGUGGAAAAUCGGGGAAGUCCAUGUGCAAAAUCUACGCAGGCAACCCAAGAAUUUAAUGAUGGGUGUAAUGAGGCAAUGAGAGUCCAAAUGGAACUUCAGCGAAGGUUGCAUGAACAACUGGAGGUUCAGAGAAGUCUCGAGCUGCGGAUUGAAGCGCAGAGCAAAUACCUCGAAACCAUUCUGGAAAGAGCCUGCAAUGCUCUCGUAGAUACAAAUCUAAGAGCAAAUGAGAUCGAAUCAAACCCACAAAAAUCCCCAGAAUUCGGCAACAGAGAAAUCCAUGGAUGCUUGGCCUUCUCAUCCGAGCCUCUCCAGCUGCCUCUCUUGUCUGAAAUAGCAGGGGCGGAUGAGAAACCUGGGAGCCGAGCUGAGCGCAUGAAUGGCUGCUCUGUAGAGAGCUCCUGCUCUUCCAACGGUAGCUUUGGUUCCAAGGGGGUUUUGAAGAAGCGGCCGCGCAGUGUGCUUUUCAAUGCUCGGUUGAAUUUUGGUAAUGGUCUGCUUGAGGAUCAGACAUGGAUGAGUUCAGCUUGAACCAAAAGGUUUUUUUUUUUUUUUUAAGGAAGAUUUACAUGCAUACCACUCAAUUUUUAUGGAUUUACAUAUCUGAUGCUUUGACUCGAGUUUUACAUGCAUGCUACGUUACAUAUGAGCGAAAGGGUGUAUUUUGCUUGUUUAGAUGUUAGGAUUGGUGGUAAUUUUGAUGUGAUAUGAAAAUUUUGGGUGAUGUAAAUGUAAAAAAAUAAAGUUUAAA